UCAUGAUAAGCUGUUUCCUCCUACAGCUCAGUCUGACUGAAUCUGAAGAUGUCUUAAGAGGUGCAGAAAGCCUGCGGCUCCUCUGAUGUUACAGCAGGGCCUCCGCGGGUCUUUCUGAGAGCAGCCGGUGAUGAUAGAUUAUUUCCAGAGAUGUAGCCGCACACCUCCUCCUGCUCCGUUAUGUUACUUGGAAACCGUCAGAAAUUAGCUGCGGAAAGUUUUUCUCUCCGGAUGGAAGAAGUUUUGAGACAAAGCGGUCGCCACGGGGCUGUUUUCGCCCCUGUUUUGAGACAUACUCAUGUUGGAAAGCGUAGGCCUGCGGUGAAUUUACUGGCUACAUUAACAUCUUACGUAAUAAUGGAUGAAACCAGGCUCUGAAUGACACAAUGUCUUGGGGGGAGUUCAUCGAGCUCCGUGAUCUGAGGACGGACAGAGAGCAGAUCGAGCUGACACAUGGCACACUUUCGCCCUGCUCACCUCCGCGCCUGGAGAGAGCCAAUGCCCUGAGGAUCAGUCCGGGGAAGGUCCCAGACCUGCUGAGCAGGGUGGGCAUCAUCAGACUCAUGAGCAGCACCCAGGACCCCCAGCCUCCUGAGGAGAAGGGAGAGGGACACAACUUCCAGCCCUGCAGCCACGCUCAGCCCACGUGGUGCGACCUGUGUGGAGACUUCAUCUGGGGCCUGUACAAGCAGAGCCUGCGGUGUGUCAACUGUAGAUUCACGUGUCACUACCGCUGUCGUGCUCUGAUCCGGUUGGACUGCAGCUGGGACCGAGGCUCUGUGGCCGACCACACAUGCGUGGUGGAGCACACCAUAGAGACGGACACAAAUGUGGAUGAACAAAUUGAGUGGGGAAAACAGGAGCUGACAACUGCAGAUAUUCAGCAGAAGGUGAAGGAGUACAACGCACAAAUCAACAGCAAUCUGUUCAUGAACAUGAACAAAGAUGGCUCCUACACUGGUUUCAUAAAGGUGCAGUUCAAGUUGGCGCGUCCUGUGUCGGUUCCACCUCCAAAGAAAGGAGGCAACGAUGCUGGAGGGAAGAGAGCUGGCGGAGUGAAGCGCCGCACCUCUUUCUACCUGCCGAAGGAUGCAUCCAAGCAUCUGCACAUCAGCUCACGCACCUCUGCUCGUGAGGUCAUCGAGGCUUUGUUAAAAAAGUUUACUGUGGUGGACAAUCCUGGCAAGUUUGCUCUGUUUGAGCGCAGCGAGCGUCAUGACCAAGUUUAUGUUCGCAAGGUGUCUGAUGAUGAGCGCCCCCUCCGUCUGCGUCUGUCUGCUGGGCCCAACGAGAAAGUCCUCAGCUUUGUUCUGAAAGAGAAUGAAACUGGAGAAGUUAAUUGGCAUGCCUUCUCUAUGCCUGAGCUGAAGAACUUCCUGCGCAUUCUGCAGAGAGAAGAAGAGGAGCACGUCAAGCAGAUAGUGCAGCGGUACGCUCUGGCCCGCACUAAGAUGCGUGAGGCUCUGGCUGGCUCGACCCCUGGCUGAGACGACUCUGCACUCGGGGUUAAACAUGCACCUCUUGGCUGGACAAUCGCCUGAAGAUGACAGUCAUCGCUGCAUCCAAAGAUCCCAGAUAAUGAAACUCGAAACGCCUCUUGUGUGAACGAGAGAGUGAGACAGGGCGCAAGACAAUGAGAGAGAAAGAGCUAGCGCGAAUGUGCGUGUGAAAUGAUGCGAGAGAUGCGAAGUGCCUUACACCUGGAGAGUCUGAUGUGCCUGAGAGAAUGAGUUGAGAGACGUGACGACUGGCAGAUGAGACAGUGGUUGGAUCCAGUUAUGUCUGUAGCUAUUGGGUACCGUCGGAUUAUCCUGUUUACCUCAGCAGUGUCACUUUAACUAAGAAAAUGUCAAAUUUUUAGGUAUGAACAAAAUCACUGAUAAUACCUUUUUAGAUGCUAAAGUUGAGCCCCUUGUUGUAAUUGAGCUGAUAAUCAAGCGUCUGGAAGUUACAUUCCUUUUAUAUUUUUCCAGAUCAUAAACUUGGUAACAUGUCCACUCAUGGUGAGGGUUUCUGGCACAACUUCACCCUCUACCAGGGUGCGCAGAGAAGGAAAAUAAGUCUAAAGAGGUCAAAGCUCCAGCAAAACUUGUAGUAUUUAGAAUGGCUUUAUCUGAAGACCAAACCAUUUCAGCGUGUGGCAUUUAUCAUCCCAAAAGCUGCUUUAAAUAUUUCAAGUGUUGCUGGAGCUUUGACCUCAACAUGUCCCAUCUGCGGUGCCAAGUUUAGAUAAACUCCGAAAACCAUACUUCUUAACUGCCAUAUUGACAUUUUCAUUCAUCGUUUUAGAAAGUUAAAUACACAUUUGUUGCUGAAAGGUAUCUGGAUUUUCAUUUUACCCAGGCUCAAAAAUCUGCCACGUCCUCUCGACACCCCCGAUGGGUGCAACUCUUUUUUUUAUUUUACUGUCAAAUUGUGAAUUUGACAGAUGUAUGGACAUUUGUAUGCAAUUUUAUGAAUGUCAGAGAGAGAGCAGUGUCACUUUGGUUGACUGGAAUCAUGAAUGAAUAUUGGUAUACAUGUGUUUCACUGAAAGCUGUUUUCAUUCCUUACAUCUUUGUUAUUUCUGUCCUUGAAAAUGUUUUGUCUCCUGUUUUCUCAAUUUUACUAUCAUCUGUUUCUCAAUUUACUAUCAUCUCUUUUCUUAGUUAACUAUCAUCUGUUUCUUAGUUUACUACCGUUGUAUCCGUCUAUGCACAUAUUUACAUGUUGAAGAAACAAUUCAAACUGUCGUGACAAAUGUGCACUGCGUUCAGUAAAGAGUUUUCCAGUUCAAA